GUCGCCUGCUCCAUUGGCGCUUGUUCCACAAAAUGGCGACGGAGCGCUCUCUGGGCGCUCUCCUGCGAUCACUUCAAUCCUCCUCCAACCUUCAGGAUGUCUUCGCCUUGCUUCCGACGGCGACGAGCCUCUUAUCUGUGCUGGGGAAUCCCCUGAACAUCACCCUUCUCGCGUCACAGCUGCUGGCAGCUCCGGCUCUUUGGGAUCAUUCCGUCGAUCUUAUAUCCUGUCGAAAGAUCCUCAGCGUCUUCAAUACCGCCGCCAUUGCCAUCUUACAGAGUGAAGCGUCGGAUGACCCGAGAAUACCCUACACGAAACCCAGGAAGAUCGAGCGCGAGGAUUGGGUAAAGGCGAUUGUCAAUGGAGCGGAUGAGAAGUCGCCGCGGUGGAGGCACACCAUCCUCAUUGGUGGUCUUUUGCUGGGGUUCGAAGGUCAAAACAGACAGGGAUUGCCGUGGCAUGUUCGAAGGAAACUCGAGGGGGCUCUUGUGACGGCUGCGCAACUUGCUCUUGAAGAGCUGGACCCUCGAAGUGAGAUCGAUAGCCGAUGUAUCACCAUGGUCUUGAAUUAUUCCUUUGAGCUUCUAUCCGAUUCGGAGAGGGGCAGGCUGGACUAUGACUUGUUGCUCCCCGUCCUGAUUGAUGCGACCUAUCUGUCUCCUGAGGGCCUCGAAGGGGGAUACUUUCUGGGCACUGUGGACAAAGACGUGGUGGAAGCGCCCGGAAAGCAAUUCCAGUGGUCGGCGCAGUCCGACACGUUUCUACGCCUGUCAGCAAUAUCCUCCAGUCCACUUGUUUCUGCGUUGGGACCGCUCUCUCGAAUUAUUGCACAUGCUAUUGAGAAUGUGCAAGACCCGGGAUUGGUUGCGCAAUCUCUGGAUCAUAUCACAGACUUUGUGCGUACGCUAAUGGUGCAAUGGCGCCAGAACAAGUUGUCGGAGAUCGAUAGAGCCGAAGAAGCCGAGUUUCUAGACCCUGAGUCACUCAAGAGUACGAUCCCAGCCCUCUGGAGACUGCUCCGCAACUGCCUGUAUUCGGUUGUGAUUGUGCUCCGGGCUGUACUGGGAAGAGUGAUCAAUGACCAUGUGCUAGCUGCUCAUCGCAGUGCUCCGUUCUUAUCGAUGCAGGCUCUUCAUAUACUUCGAAACCUUUACUUCGUUUCAUCCCGCAUUGGGCAGAACGCUUCAUCGCAACACCUGUUUGUGACGCUGGCGGCUGUCGAUAUCCUUGCACAGUACCCAGACCUAGCUGAGAACUUCCUGAGAAGCAUCAAGCCCAGUGAACUCGGCCAGAUCCCGGCCCAUCCUAUCGAGAGGUGCCUUGAUCUGUUCUUCCUCAAUACCUCGGAGCUCUUUACCCCUAUACUAUCCCCUGCGUGCAGCGAAGAGCUGCUCAUUGCGGCUGCAGUUCCGUACCUUCCUGCGGGAGGAAAUAAUCAUCUGCUCGAGAUUUUCGAAGCAGCUCAUAGCGCGGUCCUGGCCGUUUUUGCCAUCCCCAAGAACGCAGCCGUGGCAGCAAAACAUCUGCCGUUCUACAUCGACAAUCUCUUCGCGGUAUUCCCCGAUAAUCUGUCAGCCCGGCAAUUCCGCCUCGCCUUCAAGACGGUGAUCCAAGUCACCGCGCCCCCGUCACCUAUCGCGAACACACAGCGUCUUCUACCCUCUAUUCUACUAGAAGUGCUCUACGAUCGAGCAUUGCACGCAUCUGAUCAAUUGCUAUUACAGCCAUCGCAAGGCGAGGGUCCCGACCUGGGCAAAUCCCCGCCAGUCUCGGAACAAGCAGCGCUUACUCUCGCCCUGAUCGAUAGUCUCUGUUUCUUGCGCGUUGAGGGACUCGAGGAAUGGCUUCCCCUCACAGCACAUCUACUCAAUUCGAUCACCGGGCCCGAUAUGCAUAAGAUGUGCGUGGAGCGGUUCUGGGAGGCGUUGAGCGGCGGCGAGAUGGAUGUUGAACGUGCCAACUACUGCGUCACCUGGUGGAGCACGCAGGGCGGGCGGGAGCUUGUUCUGUAUGGGGCCGAAUCCGGGGAGACAGCCGAGUCCGACGAGGCUCAGGGGGCCUACAUGAGCGGAGCCAUUGGCGACGUCGCCCGGGAGAGCAAACUCUAGCUGCUGCUGCUGCUGCUGCUGCUCUCUCUCCCACUUCCUGUAUAUACAUGAGUCCGCCGAGUAUGGGUUACGAUAGCGCACGGCGUUGGGAGCAUUUGAUACCAUUUAGCGAUGUCAAUAAAUUUUCAC